GUCUGCGGCGGCACGUCUCUGCUACAAGCCGCAUAGACACCAGUAGAGCCGUUAGACGAACGUCGUUAUUGUUUUUGUCGCCGUUUUAUUUUUGGUCUGCCGGAGUGCAGGAGCCGAGCUGGAGCUGGGUCCUCACGCCCUCCUCCCCCCCCAACCCAGCCGUCAGCGAGGCCCCUGUCUCCGGGUCAGUAGGGUGGUGGUUGUGGUGAGGGCGUGUCGGUCCGGGGCAGCCUGCGGUAACGUUAACGGUCGGUGUCUCGGAGACCAACGGCUCCCCAGCCCGUCUCAUCACAGGGCUACCAAAAUAACAAUAAUAACAUGGACGCUCUGUCAAAUGACUUCACUUCCGCCUCUCCCUUCAUCGCGCUGGAGCCAGUCAGCUUGCCUCCCCCAAAAAAUCUCCCGAGUUUGCUAAAAACACGCAGGAAACGCCACAUUAACGUCCGCUUUCAUCUCUCACAGCAGACGCCCCGCAUCAAACGCGCGUACGGCGGCUGACACGGACGUUUCCUCUCAAUAUUUUCUGUUUACUUGCGGUGGAAGGGGAGGGUUUACGUGACGUCAUUGCUGCGGGAAAAGUACGCGUGGUCGAUUUGUUUUGAUUUUGAGGUCUUGCAGAGAUUUUUAUUUUUUUUGAGAAAUAACGACAACGGGGUCCUUUUUGCUCGCGGCCACCGUGUCACUCACGGGUGUACCCCCGCCGAGACGUGACCUGACACGAACCUGCGGGUCUGAAUAAGGGGAAAAAACGCUCACGCAUCUGUGAACGCGAGAUCCAGGACCAAGACCUUCUCUCCGUAAGAGAUGUGUAACACUGUCACAACUUCCUGGCCACAUUGGCUUAAAAUUUGAGCCAACCUUGGAAAAGUCAGAAAAUGGAAAUGUGAUCAUCUACAGCUCCGUGACAACUGGACUACACAGAUCUGCUGAGGAGGAUCAUGGUCGAGUGUUCGUUAUGGACCUGAGGAAUUCCUCCGGCCUGCAGGGCUUCAGAGAUGCUCAGCGGGCUUGUGCCUCACGACAUUCCCGCUUGGCCUCAUCAGAGGAGCUCCGUUAUGCUGUGGUAGAGUGCCACUUCUCCCCAUGCACCCGUGGGUGGCUCUACGGAGGAGCAGUGGGGACCACGGUGUGUAAUAUUGUGGGGAGUGCACUGAAAGCUGUGGACGUGAGGACAGAAAAUGCCACAGAGGACGCCACACACAUGGACGCCUUCUGUAUCAAAGACAAAGGUGUGCCGUGUGGUGACCCUCCAUCCUUUCCUAAUGCCCGUCUAAAGGGGCACUCAGGGUAUGAGAUGGGAGAUGAGCUGCUUUACACAUGUGUGCCAGGUUACGUAAUGCCCAGUGGACGCAGUGCCUUUAGCCUGCUGUGCGACAGCUGUGGAGAGUGGUAUGGACUGGUAGAGAUAUGUGUCAAGGAUGAGACUGAAAGUCAUGUAGACUAUGAGGACAAGUUCACAGAUUCCUAUGGAGAGGCAGAGCGCCACAACGAAAGACCACAGGAAGCUCACGGUGAGGUGUAUGAGGAGGUGCAUGGAGCUGCAUACCCAGAGGGGAAAACCAGCCAGGAGCAGCAAGAGACGAGCUUUAGUGUUGAUAUGAAGGAGGAGCAUAAAGACCAACAUGGAGAGCAUGACGUGGAAGGAAAGGUGAUUGGUAGAGAAUCAGAAGGAGCUGUAGAAGGAGGAGAAAAAGACGAUGAACAAGCUGUGGAGGACUUUAUUGGCUAUACGAGUUGGGAGCAGGAGAGGAGGGAGGUGGUCACUACUGAGGCAGCUGCAGCCACAGAACCACCUGUCUCUCUUCUCUCCCAGAAACACCUCUUCUGGUUCCCUUCUGAGGCCUUCCAGGAGGAGGGACAACCUGUCUCCAACAAUCCAGUCACACAGACUACACAAAGGGCCUCAGGUGCCCAAUCAGAGGAGAGCAAAGAGCACGAGAGCCAAGAAAGGCCCCAGCGUCCAGUUGAUGUUGACGACCAUGAUCAUGAGCCAGACAGCUAUGAUGAUCAUGACACAGGUGACCAAGAUGAUCAUGACGACAGCCACCACGACGAUCAAGAUGACCAUGACAGUCACCAAGAGGAAGAUGAUCAUGUGAAGCAUUACCCUCCAGCUCAGCAUGAUGAUCUGGAUAAACGGGACCGCCACGAAAAUCAUGACGUUCGUGAUGACCAUUACGACAUGGGGGAACACGAAGACGACCGUGACCAUGUUCGCUAUGGAAUCCAGGAGUAUGAUGACCGAGAUGAUACUUAUGAUGAACAUGAAAGCUACGAAGAUCAUGACGAUGUGACUGACGAUGUUCGUGGUCGAGAACACCCUGACGGCUCUGAGGAACAUCCAGACCACGAUGACCACGAUGACGGUGAGGAGCAUUAUGAUCAGGAGGAGGAUGAUAACAGCCAGUACACUGAUCGCGAUGAUCACAAACAUGAUGACCAUGACAGCUAUGACGAUCAUGAUAGCCAUGAAGAUGUCGAUGACGGUCAUCGGCAUGCAAUCUUUUCUAUAAUAACAGGUGAACGUCAGAACCUCACCCACAAAGCAGGAGGAGGAAAGGUCACCACAGAUGAGACCUGGCUAGACGGCUAUCCUGUGGUUCAAGAGGAAACAGAAAAUGGUGACUCCACAACGGAAAGGGUAAGACCAUUGGAUAGAGACAGAGGAGCUGAUGUCAGGACAACAGACAGACCCAGUGAGGUGGAAAUUCGGAGAUCUGUCGCUUACACUAGCUUACCAGAGGUGCCGAAGUCUGCCACCACAGAGCCUGCCUUAGAGCAAGGGGGAGUGGAGGAGAUGUGGCCUGGCUUCCUCCCCACCGCUGCUCCUUACCCUGACCGCUCAGACCCCUCAGACUUCCCCUCAUACUCCGACACCCUGGACUUCGACACACAACAAGCAGCUCCCACCCACACCUGGCUGGCUGACCUCACUGAGCACCCCUUCCUCGAUCACCACCAUGUGCACGAAGGUGACACCCUCACCGGAGCCACGGAGGACCACAAUCUGCCCGGUGAGACCGGCGGGAGGGGCGAGAUGGGGGAGACAAUCUGUGCUGGUGAGAACUGCCCUCCCCGUCCUCCGAGCUCCUCCAGCCGAGGUCCUGUGGUGGCGGCCAUAAUUGUGGUGAUGUGUGCUGUCGCCGCGUCGGUCAUCGUAGGGGUGUGGUGUUACCGACGGCAACAGCAGAAGAGCUCAAUGUACGAGAUGAAUGGGAAGGGCCAAAUUCAGACCAGACAGGGCCAACAGAUAGAGAUGCAGCAAAAGGUGUAAGAGCGAGAGAUGAGGAAAGAGGGACACUAACAGAGGACUGAGACAUUUGGGAGGGAUGGGAAGAUUCGGAUGAAUUUGAGAGGAAAGCACAGCCCCUCAUCUUGCUAGAAAAUAUUUAAAGAUUUUGGGUAGGUAUGGAAAGAUGAGUUAAGUCACAGCCCUGUUGUGAAGAGCAAAACCUUACCUAACAGUAAGAACUGAUGCUUAACUUAGUGAAACAAGAUGGAAGCAGCUCUGCCUGUCUCUCUCAUCGUUUUUAAGGAAUUUUACUCAUCUUUGUUAUACCUAACCAUUAUUUUCAAAGCUCUGACAUGUAGCUGAACAGGUGGUGGGGCUGUGUCUGGACUAAACUCAACUCAAGGAACUGAAAAAAGGAGAUGACCAUGUAGGAAAACCACGAGAAGAUAUGUCUCCCCGUCUGAAUAUAUGAACUGAGACUUCAAUCUCCAAAGCUCUUGGACAUUGUGGUAAAGAUUCUCUGUGUUACCUUGCUGUUAUUUUUGUUUGACUUCAUUGACUUCUCGUUUAUUGUUGAUUUAGCUGUGUUGUUCUUGAUUCUCAAUCUUCUCUGUUUGGCUGAGUAUUGUGUCAAUAAAAACCAGAUUCCACUUGUUACUCCACGACAAGAGCGCUGACGUUUCGGAUAAUUACAGCAGAUUUGGGCAGGUGGUCCCAAAUGAAUGACCAGGCUUCUGUCAAACCAGCAUGAACAAAUAAGAAAGUAUGAUGAUGAUGAUGAUGAUGGUGGUUAGAUCAGAUGAGAGAGUUGAAUGAACGGUACGCAGGGAAAGGUGUGAGGAAGAAGGAUGACAGUUGAACCAUUAUAAGAUCUUCCUGCCUCUGUUGGUUUUGAGAGAUGUGUCCAGCUGGUGUGUGUGUGUGUGUGUGCGUGUGUGUGUAUCAGGUCCGUGUAAUCUGCCAGUCAGCGGUACCUUGUGUUUGCAGAUGGCGUUCAGACCUACCAGAGAUCAUACAUUGUGGCGCUGACAUGGCAACAGAGAGAGGAACUGAAAUCACAACCCAUAGUAAUAGUCUGAUUUCCUUACUUGUGCUCUGCUCUAUUUGUCAUGAUAAAUUACCGUAAGAGAAGUUAAAGAGGGUUAUUUGGACUUGGGGAGGAUUUGUUCAGUUAACAUCUGGACCAGGUAUUAUUAGUUGUUGAUUGUGAAUUCAGACAAUUAAAGAAAACUGUGAUAUAUGUAAAUUCAGCUUGGUUAGAAUAUCAAAAUUUCUGUAACUUUAUAAUUUAGUUUUUUUUGUGUCCAGCCCUAGUUCAAAAAAUGAAAGAUUUUACAGUGUAUUGUAGCUGUGUUUGAUUCUGUGAUAUUUACGCUGUUGCUGUUCCUACUGUGUCAGAUGCUUCAGAGCAGGGUCAAAUGUUAAAAUAAAAAAGCUCAUAAAAAGGCGCAAAUGUAAAUAAAUUCAAAUAGCCAUAAGAGGAUUGAAUAUUAGAUCAAAUUAGAGUGAUGUGUAAAGACUACAAUAUGAAUUGUAUGUCAAUAACUUAAAUAGAAAGUGCUUCACUUGUAAUUAAUAUCCAUCAGUUGGUGGCUUGUAGACAAGGCACUUUAUGGUGUCAUCAGUCGUGAAUGAUCAUUUAAUUUUUCCUCACAUGUUUCUGAUUUAACAUCCGGCGUUCUCAGCUGAUUUCUAAGAAGGUUUUAAUCUAGUUAUGUAAUAAGGAUUUGUUAUGUUUGAACUGGUUAUGUGAAUAGCAGAUCAUUUAUUUACUUCAAAUUGCAUAAAAAUAGUUCACCAAUCUUUUUCAUUUCCAUAUUGUGGCGUCUGAAACUGAAUUGUCCUAAUGUGGCGAGGGCAUGGGAAAUAAAGUGCCUGUUGUCUAUAUGCUUCUGUAAAUAUGAAUCUCUAACUGUAAUAACUUGCUGUACAUACUGUAGCAUUACUGGAGUGGGUAAAAUAAAUUUGACGUAUGUUUCUUCACCAAGACAGUCAAGCACAGUGGACAGCAGACAUAACUUCUUCAUGUCCUACACAGGGUCAGCUCAUCUCCAUGUUACUCAAAAUCUACUGCCUUUUACUUCACCUAUUAUUAGAUGCUGCUGUUUAAACAUCAGGUACUGUACACGUAGUAGGAUAAAUAAAGACCACAUUGCAGAUUAUCAAGCAGUGAUCUGUCUGGUGACACGCCACGAUCUGUGCCUGAAGACCGAUCGCUCUGGGACUGAGUUAUGUGCAAAAUCAUGACACAUUUGAAAGAAAGAAAGUAUUAAAAAGAAAAUGACUUUUUUUUUUUACUCAUUCACAUGAUGCUAAUAUUUCUCCACAUGUUUCUUCUUCAUCUCAAACAGCCUGAUCUGUGUGUGAUAUCAGGAUGAAAUGUGUACUG